AUGGCGCGAGUGAAACAGCCGAAUGUGGAAAGGGAAGAAGGCUCAGAGAAACAAGUCCAAUCGAGCGACACUACUCCCUCGAGCACUAGGAAGCGAUAUAGACCGAAAGUGAGGGAAGAAUCAUCCAAGAAAAGAGGUGUCUUGAAAAUCCGAGAAAGUCGGGCCAAAGAGCAACCCGUUCCUCCACAGAAAUCUCCCCAUUCCAAAUCCAAGCUACUAGUAGUCACUGAGGAAUCAAAAACCGAGUCAGAUGACAGAGCCUCAGUACCUCAGAAGGAUAAAGGAAAGCAACCAGUUGUCAGUACCUCUAAGACUCAGGAUGAGGCCGAAUCCACUACAGCUCCUUCUCAUGCCCCUGGACCCUCAUUCAUGGAGAGAUCUCUCAGGGAGAUGUUUCAAGCCGAGCUUCAAGAGUUUGAGAAGAGAGUUUAUGUCACUGCUCGAGAAUAUGGGGAAGUCUCAGAUAGAAACUUUGAGGACUUACUCCGUCAUCCCCCAUCUCCUCCUCAUCAUGAGCCUGGACCUUCUACCUCCCCUAUACCUACUUCUCCUAUUUCCACUUCACCACCUGUACCACCUACCUCUUCCACUCCCUCUCCUACUUUGGCCUUGAUCACUGUUCCCCAGCCAGUUCCUUCUCUUCAUAUUCCAUCAUUCUCUCCACUUUCUCACCUUCCCCCUCUUCCUAUUCCCCUGUCCAUUCCACCUGUUUCUACUCCUUCCUCUUCCCCACCUGAUGCUGACAAAAAGAGGGGGAAGGAUUCUGAUGCUUAG